CAGCAUUUAUCGUUGACGCCCUCCGACGUGACGUCAUCACUGUUAGCCGUAAGUGGAAGCGUCCGCGCGGCACGGAGAGGAAAAGAGUCGCACGCGUGAUGUGUUGGACUCGAGGUGGCUAGUUGGUCAAUAUUCUGCUUCGACGACUCGACGCCCUGGACCGUAACAAAAUGCCAAACAUCAAAAUUUUCAGUGGUAGCUCACACCCAGACCUGUCUCAAAAGAUAGCUGACCGCCUCGGUCUGGAGCUGGGGAAGGUGGUCACCAAAAAAUUUAGUAACCAAGAAACAUGCGUGGAGAUAGGCGAGAGUGUACGAGGUGAAGAUGUCUACAUUGUCCAGAGUGGCUGCGGGGAGAUCAACGACAACUUGAUGGAGCUACUAAUCAUGAUCAACGCCUGCAAGAUUGCAUCUGCCUCCAGAGUUACUGCCGUCAUCCCUUGCUUUCCUUACGCCCGCCAGGACAAGAAGGACAAGGUGGGGAGCCGCGCUCCCAUCUCUGCCAAGUUGGUGGCCAACAUGCUGUCCGUGUCAGGCGCUGACCACAUCAUCACGAUGGACCUGCACGCCUCGCAAAUACAGGGAUUCUUUGACAUCCCAGUUGACAACCUCUAUGCAGAGCCUGCCGUGUUGAAGUGGAUUAAAGAAAACAUACCUGAGUGGAAGAACUGUACCAUUGUGUCACCAGAUGCUGGAGGAGCAAAGAGGGUCACCUCCAUCGCUGACCGGUUAAAUGUGGACUUUGCUCUUAUUCAUAAAGAGCGGAAAAAGGCAAACGAGGUUGACCGCAUGGUUCUUGUCGGCGACGUGACUGCUCGAGUCGCCAUCCUUGUGGAUGACAUGGCCGACACCUGUGGGACCAUCUGCCACGCUGCCGACAAAUUGAUUUCUGCCGGUGCCACCAAAGUAUAUGCCAUCCUGACGCACGGCAUCUUCUCUGGACCUGCAAUCUCUCGCAUCAAUAAUGCCUGCUUUGAAGCAGUUGUGGUCACGAACACAAUACCUCAGGAGGAGAAAAUGAGGCAUUGUCCCAAAAUACAGGUUAUCGACAUCUCCAUGAUCCUCGCGGAAGCCAUUCGGAGAACCCACAAUGGCGAGUCUGUGUCAUACCUAUUCAGCCACGUACCCUUGUAACGGUGUCUAUUGUUAAGCCAAUAUAAAAAAAGAGGCAUAUGCCCCAAACACAACCAAUAGAGAAGUUCCCUUUGACUGGGGAUGGAAAGAACUAUCAUGUCUGUUACACACAUCCUAUGUAUGCACCAAGUCGACCAUAUUUAUUGAACUUGAAUGAACCCAUUUGACCAGAGAAGACCAUCAAGUGUAAUUUUCUGGUUGUAAGAUGGCAAAAUGUGAAAAACCUCAAGGAGUAGAAAUCCGCUUUCAAGGCACCAUUUGUGGGGGGGUUCCUCAACUUUUCGGGUACAGUACACCAUUUGAGGGGUUGGCCAACAAGGUCAUAUUUUGAAGAUGUUACUUUGCAGGUAGAAAUGGUACACAGACAGGUGCAUCUAAAUACAAAUGUGAUUAUUCAGUAGUUCAAUUCAAAAAGGGAAACUCAUAGAUUAAAGGCAAUUAAGUUUUUGUUUCCAUUUUUAGUAUGAUGUUUUACCGUGACCAAACCAUCCAUCCAUUUUCUAAUGCCUGUAUCCUCACAAGGGUGCAUGUUGGAGCCUAUCGGGGCUGUUUUCGGGCAGUUGGCAGUGUACUCCCUGAACUGGUUGCCAGCACAUUGCAGGUUCUUACACCAAACAAUCUAAAUGAUCAUGAAUACAGGCAUCAGAUUGCCUUUUGCAAUGUGCUAAAUCGUUGCGGAUAUAGUUUAAUUGUGGAUUUGACUUUUUGAGUUGAAGUACAAAAAUCAUUUUCAAUGGCAUUCUAAUUUGUGCUCCUGUUUUUCCUCGCUUUUUAUUUUGGAGAGAUUUUAUAUUUUAAUUCCAAACUCUACCAUUUAAAUUUUAUGUUGGUGCCAUGUAUUCACAUAUGUUUUUAAAUAAAGCUGCAGAGAAUCGUUUUUUUCUUUCUUUUUUCCAAGAAUUUAUAAAGCACAGACAUGUGCCAAAUGGACUCAAAACAAACAUAAUCAACUGAGUUUGUUCAAUGUGGCCAUUUGUUGUUUUGCUUCUCCAGAGUAAAUACAGGUACAGGUAUUCAUUUGACUGCAUUGAUGAUUGUACUCCAAAUACCGUCCAUUUGGAAGAUUUUCUUUAGCCCCCAUGUCCUAUUCUCAGUGACAAUAUUUGUCUGGAUUACUGUAUUCGUGUCCACAUGUUUGGUUACAUUUUAAAUAAAAACGAUAAUGGCUA